GCGGCGAUCAAAUGAAAUGAUAGGCGAGAGAAGCUCCUUGUUGUAAAUAAACAAAUGGCUUGGAAUUUUCAUUAAAAUUUGGAAAAUUGUCGCGUCAACUUAUCUUGUAGGAUAUAACGAUGAUCUGGCCAAGAUAUCUGUUUUCGAUUCUGUUACUACUAGUCCUAUAUACCUGCUCAGCUCUCGCAAAUGUCGACCCGAAAGCAAAGCAAGAAGUUUCAAAGAAUGGCCAAAAGCGCCUCGAUAUACAUGCAAGCAAAUGGAGAGAAGCUCAAAACGCAAUAAACAGUCUCAUUGACGAAAGCAUAUCAAACGAAGUAGCCAAAGCAAAGAUGGAAGUUAAAGCGUUGUUGGAGAAAAAUAUAGCCAAACAUUUGCAUGAAGCAAGCAGACAAGUCAUGCACAGCAGGCUGUCACAAAAUGAUGAGUUGGAACCAACUACCGAGUUCGUUGAAGGUUCACGUGCCUGUCAAGACGAGAUUGAAAACUGUGCUGCCUUAGCUGCCUCCGGCGUGUGUGACACGUCGAGAGCAGCAAUGAAGAAGCAUUGUGCACGAACAUGUGAACUGUGUGACGAUGAAGGCGCAGACCUUCCACCGGCUUCACCAGCACAUGGGCAAUCUGCAAAUAGCGACACGUGGACCAUCAUUGGUGCUAAUGGUGAGAGGUUCACGACAUCAAUCAAAGACAUCGAAAGUGGUACACGGAAAGCCUCGAUCACUUCAGCGCAAGUCGAACGCCUCUUGGAUUAUGUUAAGCACAAUGCACCGCAUUUGAAACUCGAGAAAGUCAAACCAGGCGUACUGAAGCUGAUAAAAAUACCGGAUAAGAAGCGACCAACACCUCAUAAAAUCACACUAAAACCACAAAAGGAUAAACCUAAGAAAGUCGAGAAACAGAAAGAUGCACCAGAAAAGACCAAACCCAAGGAAGAAAUUCAUCCUGACAACUACUGGAGAAUGAAAGAAGACAAAAACGAGAAGAUUGACUUUAUGCCUAAACAUCCAAAAGCUAAAGGGCCAAUGAUACAUUUCGAUCUCUCUACCAUUGCAAAAGACAAGCCAGGUUCGAUGGCGAAGGCUGUUCAUGUAUACAAGGACGGACCAUCGGAUUCGUUCGCUGUGCAUCAUGCAACAAAAUCUAAAUCAGAAGAGUACUUGAAACACAUUUGUCAUCCCAUGUGUAAGAAGACUUGCAUUUCGUCUUGUGCACCUGGAUGUUGUGCUGGUGAACACCAUAAGUCGUUUCCACUGUACCACAGAAAAUCCAGUCACUGCCAUCCGUACUGCAAGAAGCACUGCAUCUCCUCCUGUCCACUCACCUGCUGCGCAGAAACGGAAACCGUCUCCAAGACGUGGAAGCACCCGCACGUUCAUCACAUCAAACCCGGAUGUCAUCCGUUGUGCAAGAAGAACUGCGUUCCUUCCUGUCCCAAGGCAUGCUGUGCACCCAAAACUCAAGUGCGCAAAUCUCACUGCCAUCCACUAUGCAAGACGAAUUGUCUUUCUUCUUGCCCUCUAAGUUGCUGCAGCCGUAAGGACCGAUUGAAGGAGAAAUGCCAUCCAUUAUGUCGCAAAACAUGUCUGCCGGCGUGUCCGGGUGAAUGUUGUGCGAAGGAUGCAAAGGGACACAGAAUGAUCAUGAAAAGUAGUGACCAAAAAACGAAAGCUGUUGCAAAGGUCGCGACAAGGAAAACUUGCCCUGGAUUGUGUCCAGAUUCUUGUGCUCCGGCCUGCCAUGACGGUUGUUGUAGCUCAAAGAAAAUGACCUUGUCUCGCAGUAAACCGCUGGUACACUCGGUCCCCUCAGGUUGUACAGCGAACUGCGUUUACGAAUGUAUCCCUGGAUGUCCCCCAGCAUGCUGCACGAAGUCCCUUGGUGCACCUGAGGUUUCAAGAUAUACAUAUAAACAACCCGAGCCAGAAACUCCCGAUCCUGCUCCGGUUAUGAUUUCAUUUCCGCAGCCAUUUAUUUCGCCGUAUAUCGAACAGCCUCAGAUGAAUCCGCAAGAACAAGCUCAAGCUAUGUACAGUGCGGAGGAACAACUAACAGCCAAGAAUACAAAUUCCGCAAGUGCGGACAGCCAAUCAGUGAACGCCAACGCUGUCAAUCAAAACCAAGGAGAUUCAACCGCUCUUUUCGCGCCAAAACAUUGCCCGUCAUCUUGUCUGACACACUGCAGCCCUGAGUGCGUACGGUCUGAUUGCUGUGAUUUGGAUUAGUUGGCUGCAUGUCAUGCGACGCCGAGAGACAAUAAGUAACAUAAUUUGAGGAGUGUGACUCAGAUAUUAAACUAUGUUAAAAAUUGUAGAUAAAUCAAACGUGUUUAGGUUUCAAUCUGUACCCUAACAAUUAUAGCACAGUAUUGAUUGAAGU